AUGGAACGAGCUGCUGCUCCCAGGAACGGGCAGCCCAAGGCAAGGCUGGGCCGAGCCCUGCAAGGAGCACGGGGGGGUCCCGCUGGGCUGAGGCCGUCCUGGCCCCCCUGGCCCUCUACAGCCCGGCGUGCCACCGCUGUCCCCUGCCCUUCCCGGCGACAGAGAGCCAGCGCCCCGCCAGCCCCCCGGCAAGCCCCGCGCAGGGAUGGGGAACCCCCCGGCAUUCCGCCACUGCCCCUUCCUCUGGAGGCCAAGCACGGCCCCUUCCUCCUGUCCUCCCUGCUGCCCCCGGGCCCCCGGCCCGAACCCCCCACGGACUGGUGCCUGGGCUCCUACUCGCCCGCCUGGGGCCAGCCCCUCUACUUGGGAGUCCCGCCGAGGUGCAAAGCCGCUCCUGCCGCCUUCGAUAACAGCUCCAGCUCAGGGAACAAGGAGUUUUACCCGAAGAAAGAGCCUGGCUUCCAGCCCCCGGCCAAGGAGCAAGCACCAUCCCAGCUGCUGGCCCGGCGCUGCGGGGGCUCUGGGGAGCCCUGGGUGGGCACAGGGACCCAUGGCACCGAUUUCCCCCCAGAACGGGGUCCAGGCCGGUCCUCUGAGCCCAAAGACAAACUCCUGCCAUACCAAAGCCUCCCGGAGGACCCUCACCCAUCACCACCCCCCACUGAUGGGCACUUCCCACCGGCUUUAGCCAAACCAGAGCAGCCCCCGUGUUGCCUCUGCGCCACGCCGGGCUGUGACGGGUGCCCGGGGGUGCUCAGCCCCUUCGAUCCCAUCCCCGGGGGCCGUUUUCCAUGCCCACCCCAGCAACCACACCAGCUGAAGAAGACGUGGUUGACGAGGCACUCGGAGCAGUCGCUGCCGCGCUGCAAAGGGCCCCGCAGGGACGGGGAUCCCGAGAGCACCGGGGAGGGGAAACGCUCGGCCAAGCGCCCACACGGCAUCUCCGAUGGCCCCCGGGGGGCUGGGGAGGACGCUGGGGCUGCCAAGAGGGGCACGAAGACCACCGAGCACACGGCCGUGGAGAGUGGAGGGGACCUGGAGGAGAGGAGGAUGGAGGUGGGGGAUGGAGACCCACUGAACCGGGCCGGCCCGGUACCGCAGGAGCCGUGGUGCCUGCAGAGCCUGCCCUGCACCUCCCUGCCUGAGAGCAUCCCCCGGUGCUGUGCCUGUGCCACCCGGGCUGGGGGACACCCCGAGGGUGAGGAAGAGGAGGAGGAGGAUCCCCCCGAGAGCACUUGCAGGCUGCUGCACUUCCGCAGGUUUGCCCUCGGGGACAGCGGGGAGCUGAGUGUUGAUGGUUUUUCCACCCUGGGGGAGGCAGAGGGGGAGCAGGGGACAAGCAGCCCCCAACACAGGACCAGGAGCUCAGGCAGCAGCCUCUGCUUGGCCAAGUACCUUCUGGGGGUGCUGGGGGACCCCUUCUGCCAGGCUGUCCGCAGGGACAGGGACACAUGUCCGGGCCCCCCCGGUGGGGUGACAGCCUGGAGGCGGGGGGAAGGAGCCCCCCAGCUCUGUGACAUCUGCCAACGUGGCUUCUUCAACUCCCACUGGAGCUGCACCAGAUGUGGCUUCCAGCUGUGCCCCGACUGCCACCGCAGCAGGCAGGAGGCUGAUGGCAACGAAGGUCGGGUGAGGCCACCUGAGUGCAUCCCCGGGCAAGGCCACCACGUUGCAUCCCUGGUCCCCACGCAGUUUGUCCCCACACGUGUCCUGACCCAGCUCUGGAAGCUGCUCCACGAGGUCAGGGCCAAGUUUGGUAUCGAGUCACAUUGUCCCUGCGGGGGGGGGACAGCGGAGCAGAGCCUGGCAGAGCCCCCGGGAGCAGCAGGUACAGAGGGAUUGGGAUGGGGCAAAGACAGGGUGCAGGUUUAUUCGGGGGAGGCGGAGCCCACCCAGCCCCCAGCACCGAUGGCGGAGCCGACAACCUCCCGGCGCAUCAAGGAAGGUAGGACCGGCCGCGACCCCCCGCCGCGGGGACAGCCCUGGUGCGGGGGGAGAGCCCCGAGGAGGGGGCAGCAUCGCCGGGACAGCCACCCCCCCCGCGGGGGGACCGUGCAGACCGCCACCCUCUGCGACCUUCUGGCUUCCACCGCCGUCAAGCUGUGCCUGGGGCAGGAUGGGGUGCGCAUGGCCUUCGCCCCCGUCUCCCCCGCCUUGCCCAGCGACAACCGCCUGACCAGCAUCCUGGACAGCAUCAUCGCCCGCGUGGUGGAAAAGAAGAUCCAGGAGAGGCAGGCGGGGGGCGAGCUGACCCCCCCCAGCCCCCCGGACCCUCCCGACCCUCCCGCCUCCCAUUGCAUCCUAGUCCCCAGUGGGCUGCUCUGGCUGCACGAUCCCGGCCAUGCCAGCAACUACAAACUCUUCCAGGAGCACUGGAGGAGGGGGCAGCCUGUCCUUGUUUCAGGGCUGCAGAAGAGGCUGGAGGGGCGGCUGUGGGGCCCUGAGUCCUUCCGCCCACCCCCGGGGGAGGAGCGGGUGCUGGAGGUGGUGAACAUGAGGGUGCCGGAGAGCCGGGUCAGGAUGAGCAGCCAGGAGUUUUGGGAUGGCUUCAUUGCCAGCGCGGCAUCCCCGGAGUUGGAGAAGGGCGGCGGGGACCUGCUGAAGCUGGAGACUGGCUUUGGGGACAUGGAGCUGUGCCGGGUCACCAACCUGCGUGCCAGCUUGCCACUGCCAGAGUACUGCGGGCCAGCUGGCAGCCUCAACUUGGCCACUCACCUGCGUGGCCAGCGGGCCCGGCGCUGGAUGUGCCCACGCGUCUGCGUGGCUUACGGCAGCCGGGACCGGAACAUCGGGACCAAAACCCUGAGGGUGGAAUCGACCGAUUCCAUCAGCAUCCUGGUCCACACUGCGGGGGGGCUGCCCGGGCGGCAGGAGAUCCUCCUGCCAGGCGACGUGGAUGGUGUGGACCCCCCUCUGAAGGAGCGGCUCUGGGAUGCGGGCAGCCGGCCCGGCGCCCUGUGGCACAUCUUCCACCCUCAGGAUGCCACCACCAUCCGGGAUUUCUUGGUGAAGGAGUGCGAGGACCAAAAUCAGGAGGGGGAGGCCACGGCGGAGCCCCCGGGCCGCUACCUGGACCCCUCCCUGCGGAAGCGGCUGCGGGAGGAGCGCGGGGUGAGGGGCUGGACCCUCCUCCAGUUCCUGGGGGAUGCGGUGCUGGUCCCUGCUGGGGCUCCCCACCAGGUGCAGACCCUGACCAGCACCAUCAGUGUGGAGCAGAGGUUCCUCUCUCCAGAGAACAUCGUUCAGCUCCGGGAGCAGAGCCCACCCCCCCAGCUCGGUGCCCAGCUGGACAGGGUGAUCCUCACUGCUGUGCGGGAGGCUGUGAGUGUCCUGCGGGGCUGCGACUAAGGUGGCCGUGGGAGGAUGCUCCAGAGAAGCCAAAGCCACCAAGGAUGGCCACGGGAGAUGGGGCCGGGUGCUCCUGCUCGGUGUUUUCCUUGAGGAACACCUGGGAAAGGUUGGGGCAGCCAGGGAA